ACGAAACAAACCACCAUACUCUGUCACUCUCGCUCUCUCUCCCCGGUAAAAAGAAUCUCCCUCGUGACCUGCAACGAUGCCACCAUAGCUCCUUCUCUCUUCAGUUCGUUCUGUCUCUCUCUCUCUCUCUCUCUAAAAGAUUCCUUCCAUGGACCAUUCAUCCCGCCGCAAGCCGAGCUCACGGCGGCUGCCUCAUACUUCCCAUCCGCCUCGACGCCGGGCGUGGUGUUGCUCGUUUACAGUUCCACCUUCUAGCCCCGACAACCUUUCCGUACACCACCCAAAACCCCUUCAUACCAACCCCCGUAAUUUCUCCAAGCCGAGUUUCUCUGUCCCGACCUCACCUCAGAGCGCCAAAUCCGGGUUCGGCAGAGUGGGUCGGAUCGACCCGCGUCGGAUCUUGUCCCCUGGUAGAGUAUCGCCGAUUGAUUCUGAUCCCGCACUUGAUUCCAUCCAAGAUAUCCUUGUCGUUCCCUCUCCAUUGGCUGAUUCCAUUUCCACGCCCAAAUCACGCUCUCAGAGCUUCCGUGCUCCUUCCGGGAAAUUUCAACCCCCGCCGGAGUGUUCUGGCUCUGUUAGCGGUACGAAGGAUUUGUUUGAUGUGAGGUUGAAUUUGAAAGGAAAGAAUGGUGGCUGCAUGGUUCUGGAGCUGAACUCGGAUGUUCUGAACGCCAAUUCCGAGGUUUUUGCUGAAUUAAUAGCGAAUCACAAGAAGGGAUUGCCCUCAGGCACUUCCCCUGGGCCGAAAAUAUGCAGAAUAGAGGUGCCAGAGGUGGAGAAUUUUGGAGUUUUCAAGGAGACCAUUGAACUCAUGUUUGAGGAGGAAAUUACGAAGCGCCUCACAAAGAUUGGCGUUUAUCGAUCCAUUGACAUUUUGGAGGUGUCAGCAGGUAUCAAAUUCACCAAGGGUGUUCUGUCCUGCUUGAAAUACCUGGAGGCUGUUCCUUGGACUGAGGAGGAAGAAGAGAAGUUGAGGAGUCUAUUCACCAGGCUUAGGUUCGAUGAUGCGACAACCAGAGACAUCUUAGGAAGACUAUACUCCAAUGAUUCAGUAGAUUCCCAGUCUAAUAGUAAUAUAGCGGAGCAGCUUGUUUGGUCCAUCACUUCUUGUGUGGAUAACAAUGCAAGAAAUGAACUUAAGUUGCUGGUCAAGAGUCUUCUUUGCAGAAGUUCAGUCUAUGAGAAGAAUCAUCUUGACCUCAGCAAGGAGGACUUGUAUGCCGUUAGCCAGUCAUGUCUGAGUUCACUUGUCAGCCUCUUCGAGGAGGCAACUGACAGCCUCCCUUCUGAAAGGUUGGUAAAGAAAGACGUAGGUAAACCUCUGAUUGAACGCAUCUCCAGGCAGGUUGAUAACAUAAACUGGUUGCUGGAAAUCAUGCUUGAUGGGCAAGUGGCAGAAGACUUUGUCGAUAUUUGGGCGCAGCAGCAGCAACUGCUCAAACUGCAUGAAAUUGCAUCCCCCAUGAUCAGAUAUGAACUUAGUCGAGUGUCAGCAAUGCUACUUGUCGCGAUGGGUACCCGAAAAUUGCAAUGCAGGUUAGAAGCCAGAUCAGGGCUUCUCCAAGCAUGGUUUGGACCAAUGCUGUUGGACUUUGGUUGGCUGCAGAGAUGCAGAAAGGGACUUGCAAUAAAGACCUUGGAAGAGGCUAUGGGUCAGACACUUCUUACUCUACCUCUAAAGCAACAGUACAUGCUGUUCAUGGAUUGGUUUCAUUACUUCUCCAAGCAUGGCACUGAAUGCCCAAACCUCAGCAAGGCAUUCCAAAUAUGGUGGCGCCGAUCAUUCUUUAGAGGCUCAGAAACUGAUGCCAUUGAAUCAAGGUAGAUGGUAGUAGUAUUGGUAUUUGUGAUUUUCAUUUUCUACCGUGUGUAGAGCCUCAGUUAGGCGAGAAAUUCUGAAGCAUGUAAACUGAAUAAAGCAGAUAAACCCCUUGGAGUCAUUGUAUUGGUAGCUUGAUGCUUAAAUGAUAUCAGAGUUUCUAGAA